AUGGAGGAUGUAGACAGGAUUAGUGACUUGCCUGAUUCAAUUUUAACUUACAUUCUGUCAUUCCUUUCUACAAAAGAAGCAGUUGGAACCUCCAUUUUAUCUUCCAGGUGGAGAUAUAUUUUUACUUUAGUUCCUAAUCUCCACUUUGAUUUGGUGGACGAUUUGUGUCACAAGAAUCUUGAAAGUUGCAUCCUUCACAUUAAGAGCUUUAUAUCCUUCUUCGACAAACCACUGAGUUUACAUGAGACAAGUUUAGAUAGAUUUCAUCUGAAAUGCGGGGAAAUGGUCCAUGGUCCUCGUGUUUACAGUUGGAUAUCUACUGCAGUUCGUCGUGGGGUUAAACAUCUUGAUAUAAGCAUCUCCCCUGACCAGUUUACUUCGCCAGGUAUUAUGUUUACCUGCAGGAGCUUGACGACUUUGAAACUAGAUUUUACUUGUUCUGUUUUGGAUGUUCCAAGAGGUGUUCCAUUUCCGAAUCUAAAGACUCUUCAUCUCAAGUCAGUUGAGUUUUUGAGUGAUGAUACAACUAAAUGCCUUUUAUCCAGCUGCAAUAAUCUUGAAGAUCUGGUCAUAGCGCACUGCAACAUUGAGAACUUAUUUAACUUCACUAUUUCACAUCAUCUGCUCGAGAUUGACUAUACUUUCCACGUUUAA